CAAAGAAUCCAGUGAAAUGGCGUCCAACAAACGAUACCUUACAAUUAUCUCGAUCGCUCAGCUUGUAAUGGCAGGUAUCCUCUUCGUUCUCGGAAUGGUAGAUCAUUUUGAAGUUCGCUACAUAUAUGCCAGUCUUAUAUUGAUGCCAAUUUGGAUUUCUCUUCUUGUAAGUACAGUAUAUUUCUCAUAAGAGUGCAAUUGCAAAUUGUAAAGUAGUCUGUGAUUGCAUUUUCCAACAGAGGGUUUGGGUCCGGAAAAGAUGCAUUGAUAUUGAAUCUUGUCGUUCUAACUAAGUAUCUAGUCGUUACGGUGUUCUAAUUUCGUUAUUUUGGGACAGGAUUUACUUCGAAGCUUAAAGUGAAAUGCUGUUUAAAUCCCUCAUACUACAAAUUUCGGGCGAAUGUAUUACGUAGAAUCACAUUUCACUGGAUAGUCUGAAACCAUUAGGUUUCAUAAACCUUCCACCUGCAGAUAUCUUGUCCGCAAUUCUUUCGAUAAGAAUACAACUACACUCUCAAGCUGGGUCAGAAUAUGAUGACAUUGGAGACGUAGAAUACAAAGUUCACCCUUCAAAAGCGAAUCGGUCGUCUGUGACCUGGGAACAUUCAACUAUUGUUGUUUUUAUAUGUUGAGGGAUCAAAGUAGUUCGAAGAUUGAGAAAUAUAUCACAGUACUUCGAUAAAACAGUCCGAAUUAUUCUAAAGUUAUGUAGGGAUAUCUCUCAGUUUUGCUACAGAGUCAACAAAAUAGAUAUUGCGCAGGAUGUUUUACACAAGCGGAAGUCGACCAGAAAUGCUAAUGAGCACAUUGCCAGACGAAGGGAACUCGAUGAUUUGACCCCGAAUUUCUCUUUUAGGAACGACUUAAGCUUUUUGUUUAAGACGUGGUCACCUUCCAGAUGUCUUACAUACGCUGAUGAUACCCAACUGUAUCUAUCGUUCAAACCGAAUUCAGAUGUAGAUCAGCACGAUGCUAUUACUGCUAUGGAACUAUGUGUGAAAGCCAUACGUAAUUGGAUGCUGGCAGAAAAACUAAGGUUAAAUGAUGAUAAGACGGAAUUUUUGAUAAUUGGAACCAGACAGUAGUCGACGAAAGUCAAAGUCGACCAUCUACCUAUUGGUAACGUUAGAGUAACUCCAACAGAGUGAAGAACUUAGGAACAUGGUUCUAUGCGAACACGAGUCUCACUACACAUAUCAACAACACAUGUAAUGCAGCAUUUUAUUUCUUAUAUAAUUUAAGGCGCAUCAGGAAAUAUCUCUCUAGAGAAACUGCGGAAAUAUCAGUUUCAUGCGUUAGUAAUAGGAAGAAUAGAUUAUUGUAAUCGCCUUCUUUUUGGAGUGCCUGACAUUCAUUUAAAUAACCUGCAAAGAGUUCAAAAUACAGCAGCCAGGUUAGUUUGCAUUGUUCCUAGAUUCUGUCAUAUAACACCAGUUUUACGUUCUUUGCACUGGUUGCCUGUUAAAUUGAGAAUUAAUUUCAAAAUUUUAGUUAUUACUUUUUUAUAAGGCUAUGUUUGGCUUUGCUUACAGACAAAUUAAAUGUCUACAAUCAAUGUAUAUGACAUCUGUCGAUCAAAUAUAGCCGGAAAGCCAACAUUUUACAGAGAUUGCGUUUCUUCCACAAUAAAUUGAAGAUGUGAAUAAAUUUACCACGAAUCUACUGCUUCGUUUGUCUCUCUUCCUAAUCCUACUUCAAUGUCUCCUUCCACUUUACCAUUUAUUACUAAUUUACAAUUUUACGACGAUCAUUCGAAAUGCACUUUAUCAUUUCCGUGCUCAUGUCGAUUAAUCGAUGUCCUUCAGGGACUUGUCAGCUGGAAUAUAGAAAUAAGUACUUUCUCAAAUAGUAAUCUUAUUGAAAUCAACACUAGUAUUAAUCGUUUACAUUUUCUAACUAGUGAUCGAGGGGUUGAAUAUUCUUCUAACUCUUUUUAAGGUCAUACCCAUUGGCAUCAUGGGAUUGGUUUUAGUCAUGAACAGAUCUACACCCUCCUCAGCUUUGGUGAGAAUUAAAAUAGCAUAAUACUCUUAAAUAUCGAUCCAGGUAAUAAGUGAUGUAUGUUUGACUGACCUUUUUGUUUUUGUUUGUUUGUUUUUUUAUUUUUCUUUGCUUCUUCUCGACAACUUUCCCGCCAAGAGUGCCCUUUAAAGAAUAUUAUGGUGUUUGACCGAGAACGUUAUACCUCUAAAAUCUUAACGUUUAAAACACGUGUGAUUUUACGCCAUGAAAACUCAGCUUCCCGUGCCACUGAUUAUUGCAGAUGAGCGGCCUGAGGUCAGUGAGCAUUGCAUGUGCUGCUGUAUCAGUUCUAACCACAUUUACCUAUGCGAUGGCACUCAAUAGCAUAUUAUUCAUCAAAUAUAUGGAGGCAAAAACUGAAUACCAGGAAUCUCCAUGGUUUGCCGAUAAAGACGUAGAAAUCGAGUUCCAGAAAGAGGAAAAAACCAUGAUAGCUGUACAUGUCUUCAUUAUCAUAUGUUCCAUCCUCGAAAUUAUACUUGCCAUGGCAAGUGUCCAAACCGGCAAGGCCAUGGCUAAGGAGCCACAGGACACCCAGGUUUGUGAAGUUAUUCUCUAUGCAGUUAAUAAAUUAGAUAUGACAACGAUAAAAGAACUUAUGAUCCGAAAGCACCACAUCAAAAACUUCAAUAAUGCAUCUUGUUCAUUUUCAGCCGGUAUUUAUUUAUUUAUUUAUUAGAAGGAGAAAAUAGGGUGACAUUACAUUCUCCCGAUGUAAACGAUGUUAUCUUUGAAAAGAUUGUUCAAGUACUAGUGUAAUUUCUUUGUUUGGCAAACGAGAAGUUUUUCAAUUCAGAUUUGCGAUACGAUAGGAUUUUAGGGAUCGGUCAUUGUAUGUCACUUUACGGGACUUUGAGGACCGGAGGGUUUUGUUUGUUUGACAAUAAAAUUUACCUUAUCCCCCCCCAUUAAAAGGCUCUGGAGUAUUUUUGUGAUCCCCACCUCCCCUCAUUCGCGGUCAAUUGUCCACAGACCUCCCCCCCCCCCCUUUAUACUCGGUUAACGACGAAUGGUCCACCCUCCAUUCCCCCUGAAAACCAUGUGACCCCCUGAAAAGACCUCCGACUACCCCCAGCGAUGAAUAAUGAAGUUGUUUGUCAACUAAGGGGACUUGGGGAAUCGGAAGGUUUUGUUUGUUUUACAAUAACAGUUACCUCAUUCCCCUCCAAGGCUCUGGAGUAUUUUUAUGAUUCCCCCCCCCCACCCCCCAUUGGAGGUCAAUUUUCUACAGUUUCCCUUUAUACUCUAUUAGCGACGACGACUGUUCCCCUCCGUUUACCUCAAAUCCAAGUUAUCCCUCCGAAUUGAAAACCUCCCACCCCUGCCCCCCUCCACCCUUAGGUGAUGAAUGAUGACUAUUACCUUACGUAAAAUAUUUUUCAUCAUAUCUAAUCAGCAGGCAAGCGUUGCCUAUCAUCUGGUGGCAGAGGAAGAUCUCCCUUUGUUAUUCUCGAGUUCAGAUCAAGAGGCAGCUUAGACGGUAUCAUCUCCAUACACUGCUGUACAGACCCUGUCCCAAUCACACAUCACGCUGAAUUUCUUUAUUAAAUCACAUAUCACGAAUAAUUUUUUUAACCAAUCACGCGUCUCGUGAAAAGGAGUAAGUACGCCAAGCUAAUACUGUAAGAUUUCAACCUAUCGGAUAUAUUAUCAAAAUCAUAUUGUAUCCAACGUUUUUCAGUCUGGAAUGAACUGCGUUUCACUUAUCAUAUUGCUUUUUGCCAGACAAAUAAAGACGACUUACUGGCUCCGAGAACGUUUACUCGGGCUUCGUAUCGCAAUAUCAAAUCGUACUUUUCAGGUAUUGAACAUAGUAAAAACAAAUUCAAGAAUCAGAAUAUUUAAAACAAGAGUUAAGCCUACGUAUUUACUAUUCAAGUAUUCAAUCCUCUUCAUCCAGUAGCUUAUUGUUGCCUCACCUUCGAAGUUCUUUCCGCGAAGAUUUUAUAUUUUUUCAAUUCAACAUCUGAGAUGUUUGUCUGGGCAUCAUAGACAUCAUAGUUUGUUGUUUAAUAAGUCAGUAGUCGUUAUUUUGACAUUGUUUUCAUGGUUUGAACUCAGUUUGAACUCAUAUAUGGCUCACUAGUUAUCUCGCGAGAGCUAGUAUGAACUUUGCUAUGAACUUUGUAUGAACUUUGAACUUUCCACUCGUGGCUCCAGGAGUCUUGCGUACGAACUGAGUCACGGACGUCAACUCCACCUUUACUAUUCUUUGAUACAAGGGCAACCUUUAAGUCAAAGCUUUUCCCAGUUCCCUUCUGUGCGCC